AGUAUUAAAUGAGCAAAAAAAAUUGAUCUGAUACACCUUGAAUUCCGAGUGCAUAUAAAUUAUUUUACUACGAGUUGGCAAAUCUAAAAAAAAAUAAAUAAAUGAAAGAUAGGUCCAAAAGCAGCAAGCCAAAUAUAUAAAGGCAAAAAUGAAGAAUGAACUAAAAUAAAGCCCCAUACAAUUGGGAAUAGAGAGUCAAGAGAGAUCUUCCACAGUUGCACACCUCGUCAUUCCAAAAAUUAACUUUUACUUUCCAGAUUUCCUCAUUUCUUUCUUCUAUCUCAAAUUUCUUCCUUGCUCAGAUUGUUGGAGUUGAGAGGAUGCGAAGAUGGGGCUUACUUUCACCAAGCUAUUUAGCAGACUAUUCUCCAAGAAGGAGAUGCGUAUACUUAUGGUAGGUCUCGAUGCGGCUGGUAAGACUACCAUCUUGUAUAAGCUCAAGUUGGGAGAAAUUGUCACCACCAUCCCCACCAUUGGAUUUAAUGUGGAGACUGUUGAGUACAAGAACAUCAGCUUCACUGUGUGGGAUGUUGGAGGUCAGGACAAGGUUCCAUGACGGUCCUAUGCACGGUGGGAGGCCCCUUGGCCAAGUAUGGAAGC